AUGUACAUCGCCCUCUACUACAUAGUCACUCGGCUCCCUGACUCUCUUCGCUCGGUCGGGGACCACUUCCUCUCUGUUUGCCCCACCACAUUCACCGUUGACCUCCUUGAGGAGCGCCUCCUGGCAGCUGAGAAGAGUAUAGUCGCUGUAGGAGCCUCUCGUGGUGACCCUCGUAGCUCCUUCUUUGAGGGGUGUUCCCCCUCUCCCCUCUUGCCCUCUGUUGCCUCUGCUGCUGCGACCGACCUCGUUGGCCUCGAGUCGGUCGGCGCUGCGUCUGCCCCUAGCGGGAGAUGCCGCACCGGCAAGGGCAAGGGGGGCAAGGGCGCUGGUGGAGCUGGCGGCGGCGGUGGAGGUGGCGGUGGAGGCGGUGGAGGGGGUGGGGGUGGUGGUGGGAGUGGUGGCAGGGCGGGGUGGGGGUGCUGGUCCCUGUCGGUGGUUGCUAUCUUUGAUCUUGAUUAUGAUGCUAUUCUUGCUGCCAUGUAUGCUGUGUCUACUAGUGAUGAGGGUGACUGUUACUUGUGUGUUCUGCCUGACCCGGGCAUUGAGGCUGCUGCUCUAGGUGCUAGUGAGGCUGCUCCUCCAGAUGCUAGUGCGUCUGCUGCGUGCUGUCGGCCAGUGUCGGUCUCCCUGGCCGACCCCUCUGGGGGUCCUGUCCUUGCCCACUUCUCCACUGUCUUACCGUGUCGUGCGGCCCCCUCUGACACCCUUUCACGUCUUUACCUCCCCUCGUUCUCUACGAACUUGGUGAGUGGUGCUGACCUACAGGAUGGAGGGGUUCACCAGUUCACUCCUCCGAGUCAGCGUGUGACCCACUGUACGUGUGCUCGGAUGGGCCGACACUUGGCCACGUUUACCCGUCAGCCGGGGUCGAGCCUGUACACAAUGACUAAUGAUUCUCCUCCAGUUGCUGCGUCUGGUCAGGUAGAUGCGUCGGGUCAGGUGUUUGCUGCAGCGUCCAGGUCUGGUCCUGAGUCUGCCCCCUGCUCGUGUCGUCUCCUGUCUCACCAGACUCUCCUCUGGCACCACCGCCUUGGUCACCCCUGUUAG